CCCCCCCACCCCCCCGCGGGUGAUUUUACAUUUCCCUUCAUUUUUUCCCUUGUGUAUUAUACGUUUUCUCGGUACACGUUGAGCAGCAAGGUAAAAUAUAAAAGGAGUUGGGGUGAAACGUGAAAGAGAGGAAGAGAGGUUUGGUUUUGCCAAGUAUUAGCUUUGGGGUUUGGGUGGCCUCGGCUUUUUUAUCCCACCUCUUCUUGAUUCUGCGCACCUGAAUUCUCUCAGCUUUGUCCACUCUCUCUAUCUCUGUGAGACCAUCUUAGUCGGUUCUGCAUUUGGAGUUCAAUCAGCUUGUUUUUCUUUGCAACUGAUUUAGCUGUUCGUGAAUGCAAUUCUGUUGAAAGGAUAUAGAUUUGAUACGGAGAAGGGAGAUAGGAAAAGGGUUCACAUUUAUACCGACAUAGCCACAAAAACAACUCAGGUUUUCCGGGGGAGAAAAAGGAUAUAUACACAUUAAUGCGAAGGUAUCUACUUUAACUCAUCAUAAUGCAACAAGUUAAUUGGGUAUCAUCUUUUUUUUUUUUUUGGCGGUGUAAUUUGAUUGUUGCUAUCUGUGAUACGUGGGUUUUUGGUUCUUAGGUUCAAUGAUGCGUAAAUUGGCGUUGAAAAGUUUUCUCCUUUAGUCCACCAGUGGUUGAAUAAUUAGGGCUUUUGAUUGUUGAAGAAUUCCUUGUUAUUGGGUUAUCUGUGGAAGUUUGACUGGUUUGGGAAUUUGGGUUCUGAGAUUUGAAGUAAAUAGCAUCUGGGUUUUUUUUUGUUUGUUUGAUCAGGUGGUUUACUGAAUGAGGCAUUUGAGGUAAAACAUCAGGCUUCCUUCUUUGUCUCGGGUGUUUUCACCCAUCUGAUUGGGUAGUUUAGAGUUUUUCGAGCUGAUCUAAGUUGAUCAAGGUAAGGAUUUUGCAAUUUCUGUUCCUGGUAUCUUAUUGCCUUGAAUUGAAGGGAUUGAGUUGCUGGUUUCGCGCUGGUUUGAUCAAUAAUAUAUUAUGAAUCGGAGAGUGAGGAGGAAGGUGUCAAGGAGGGGAAAGGAGAAGUUGGAUUGCCCGGAGGUUGAGGAAUGUUUAGUUUUGGAUGAUACAGGCGUGCUUGAUUGGACUAAGUUGGCUGAUGAUUCAGUGUUACAGUUGUUUUCCUGUCUUAAUUACCGUGAUCGAGCAAGCUUGUCAUCGACUUGUCGGACUUGGAGACUUUUAGGUGCUUCACCAUGCUUGUGGCAGACACUGGACAUUCGUGCUCAUAAAUGUGAUGCUGCGGCUGCAGCUUCUCUUGCUCCUAGAUGUCGAGAUCUGCGAAAGCUUCGUUUCCGUGGUGCCGAAUCAGCUGAUGCAAUCAUAAAUAUUCAAGCUAGAAAUUUACGCGAGAUCAGCGGUGAUUAUUGCAGGAAAAUUAGUGAUGCUACGCUCUCUGUGAUUGCUGCUCGGCAUGAGAAGCUUGAGAGUCUCCAACUCGGGCCAGACUUCUGUGAAAGGGUAACCAGUGAUGCAAUAAAAGCAUUGGCCCUCUGUUGCCGUAAUCUCCAGAAACUUAGGCUCUCUGGUAUCCGCGAUAUUGACGCGGAUGCUAUAAAUGCGUUGGCCAGUAAUUGUCCAAAUUUAAUAGACAUUGGCUUUAUUGACUGUCUUUGUAUUGAUGAGGCAGCACUCGAAAAUGUAUCAUCCCUUCGCUUCCUUUCAGUUGCUGGUACUAGCACUGUGAAGUGGCCUUUGGUUUUACAGCACUGGAACAAGUUACCUAACCUACUAGGUUUAGAUGUAUCUAGGACAGAAAUAACUCCUAAUGUCGUUUCAAGAUUAUUCUCAUCCUCCCAGAGUCUAAAGGUGUUGUGUGCUUUACAUUGUCCAGCUCUUGAAACAGAUGAGAGCUUUGUUUCCAACAAUAAUCAUAAAGGUAAACUGUUACUUGCAACUUUUACAAAUAUUCUCAAAGGAGUAGCUUCCCUAUUUGCCGAUACUACUAAGCAAGAGAAGGACGUGUUCUCGGAUUGGCGAAACUCAAGCAUCAAGGAUAAGAAAUUGAACGAGAUCAUGUAUUGGCUGGAAUGGAUCCUGUCACAUUCACUGCUACGCAUUGCUGAGACCAAUCCACAGGGUUUGGAUAGUUUCUGGCUCUCCCAAGGUGCCAAUCUAAUGCUCAAUUUGACGCAGAGCACUCAGGAGGAAGUUCAAGAGAGGGCUGCUACUGGCCUUGCAACUUUUGUAGUCAUUGAUGAUGAGAAUGCCAGUAUUGAUGGUGGAAGAGCAGAAGCAGUUAUGCGAGAUGGUGGCGUACGACUCCUCUUAAAUCUUGCAAAAUCAUGGAGGGAGGGGCUUCAGUCAGAAGCUGCAAAGGCGAUUGCGAACUUAUCAGUCAACACCAAUGUUGCAAAAGCUGUGGCGGAGGAAGGAGGUAUCAAUAUUCUUGCAAGUUUAGCUAGGUCUAUGAAUAGGAUGGUUGCCGAAGAGGCAGCAGGAGGACUUUGGAAUCUUUCAGUUGGCGAAGAGCAUAAGGGUGCCAUUACCCAAGCAGGCGGGGUCAAAGCUUUAGUUGAUCUUAUCUUUAAAUGGUCCAAUGGUGGCGAUGGAGUUUUGGAACGUGCAGCUGGUGCCUUGGCAAAUUUGGCUGCAGAUGACAAAUGUAGUAUGGAAGUUGCCUUAGUAGGUGGAGUACAUGCUUUGGUUACUUUAGCACGUACUUGCAAAGUUGAUGGAGUGCAAGAGCAGGCCGCUCGAGCCUUGGCUAAUUUGGCUGCUCAUGGAGAUAGCAACACGAACAAUGCAGCUGUUGGACUAGAGGCAGGAGCUCUUGAUGCUCUUGUACAACUUACUAAGUCUGUUCAUGAUGGUGUCAGGCAAGAAGCUGCUGGGGCUUUGUGGAACUUAUCGUUUGAUGACAGGAAUCGAGAAGCGAUUGCGGCUGCUGGAGGAGUUGAAGCUUUGGUAAUAUCUUUCGCUGACUUGUGCUAGACUGCAUACAUUACUUGGAGAUUCUGUAGAAUGUCUUAUGAUUUGUUGACCUGACAAGACUGGUAGCUUCCAUUAUUGGGUAUCUGGGAGUGCUUUGAUAGCAUUCUGGUUUGCUUUAUAUUCAGAUAAUUUUGUUCUCCAUCUUUUAAAGAAUGAAAUAUUGGAGAACUUUGUUAGAUUUACAUCAAGUUUUACUCCGUGCUCUGACUUUCCCAAUUUAAUCUCUUAACAAUUAUUGCAUUGGCACCCUGGGUAUGGCAUAUUGUUGAUGACGUGUGAAUUCUGUAGUUAGUCUAUUUGCAAGUAUUAAGAUUUAGGAUGAGAAAACUUUCGUGUUUGUGUACAUUUUAUUGUUGAUUGGUGCUGGAUUUCAUCAACUGUUCUAGUUGCCAGUUUUCCAUAGUCAUAUAACUUGUUAACUCACUUGUGUUAUUAAUACCUAUAUUUUGGUUGGACUAAAGCAGCAAUAUCAUCGGUAAAGGGAUCUAAUCAUUCUUGGUUUGAAUAAAAGGAUCUCAGAUAAAGUUGUAGGAUGUUCCAACAAACACAGAUUGUCUCAUACUGGCUUAGCCGGUUUUGAGGAAGUGAUUGCUAAGUAGAUUACGCCAUGCGAAAAGAAGCACAUUGUUUACUUGCACCUUCGUCCUUUU